AUGCAGCACUGUGACUUACUUGCGGUACUUGCCAUGCUGUACCUGCAUUGUUCGCGGGCGCGUUGCGACGCCCCCGCCCCGGUACGAGGGUACCUCGCCGAUUCUUCAGGAACUGUACCUGCUGUACCUCGCGUUGCCGAGCUGGCUGGAGAGGUGCUGGGGCCACCACCAGCACCCGAGCCGACGCAUGGCCGGCCCCCCGGUGUGGGCGGCGGGCGGGCGGGCGCAACCCUUGGACGCCCGGGCGCCCUGGCGCUUCCCAGGCCCGGCAACGCCCAGCGCAGGUUCACCUGGACGGUGGGUGGCCCAGCGAGCGCCCCAGUGGAUACGGCACCUUCAAAACGGGAAAAACGCGAGCCCCGCCGGGCCCCAGCGGCCCAGGCGCCUUCCCUGGUGUCUCCAGUGGUCUCCAGAGUGGUCCGUGACGUGCUACUCCACUUUUUCCGGCCUCGCUCCCUGCCUGGCUCCUGCGGCCUGGUGCUGGCUCCUGCUGCUAGGGCCGCCCGAAAGCUGAUCAACAAAAUCAUCGCCCAGUCCGCCUGCGCGCCUCGAGCGAAUUUGUCGCUUCUUUCCUUCUCACCUCCCAGUCCUGCUUCCCAGCCAUUGUACGGUCCGCACAAGGUAAAAAUUCCUGCCCUUACGGUCCCCCGAUUGUCGCGAGCCGCCCACGAUACCUGCCUUCGACUGCCACGAGCCCCUGCCAUCCGUUGCCCUGCCUCUGCCCCGGGUCUCUGCGUUGGACUGCCCGCUGUCGGUGCCGGCAGCGCCCGGCACGCCCGGGGUCCCUCGUCGUUGCCGCCUCCGAGGCCUGUUCAAUUGAAGGGCCUGUCGUUCAGUUUUUGGGCGAGCGCACUCGAACUGUCUUGCGCGGCGUCUCGGCCGGCUGAUGGCAAUGUCGUCACAAUGGCAAUUGGAUCCCGUGGGCUCGGCUCAGCCAAUUGGCACAGUCGGCGGCUCGCGAUCAUUCGAGGCCUCGUCCCGCCCGAUUCGGACGACUUCAUUGUGCGUGUAAGCUAA